GAGAUCACAUUGAUAUCAGCAGCACCGGAAACGCUGACGUUUUUCACGGCGGUGCAUCCUCAACUUGUCCGAACAUUAUAUAGUAAACAGCUAAAUCAUGAGGCCGGGCUUCAGCUUUUCCUUCCCCGUAACUGUUGUUGUUUCUGUCAUCACUUUUGUUUACUUUUGUACGGUCUUCAUUUUCAUUCACCGCUGGUUCGGUCUAAUGACCUCCCCCGGAAUGAUUAACGCCCUCGUUUAUACUGGUAUUUCCGUCAUGUGUGUGUUCAAUUACGCCGUUGCCAUCUUGGCGGAUCCCGGUUGGGUUCCUUCUGCUUACAUGCCCGACAUCGAAGAUUCCAAAGUUUCUAUCCAUGAGAUCAAACGCAAGGGAGGGGACUUGAGAUAUUGCCAAAAGUGUUCUCAUUUUAAGCCUCCUCGUGCACACCACUGCCGUAUUUGCAAGAGCUGCAUUCUGAGAAUGGAUCACCAUUGCGUUUGGAUUAAUAAUUGCGUCGGUCAUGCCAAUUACAAGGCCUUCUUUGUCUCCGUUGUGUAUGCCGUAAUUGCUUGCUUCUAUUCUCUGGUUUUACUUGUCGGUAGCCUUAACAUCGAUUCCCGAAUCAAUGAGCAGCAGAGAGAUUCUUUCAGAACCGUAUAUGUUGUUUCUGGACUGUUUCUGCUCCCAUUCAGUGUGGCCUUAAGCGUUUUGCUGGGUUGGCAUAUCUACCUCAUUUUGCAAAACAAGACCACAAUUGAGUAUCAUGAAGGGGUGAGAACUCUGUGCCUUGCAGAGAAAGGAGGAACUGUGUACCAGCAUCCAUACGAUCUCGGGACCUAUGAAAAUCUAUUGUCGGUAUUGGGCCCAAAUAUCUUCUGCUGGAUAUGCCCCACAACGAGACACAUAGGUGACGGUCUCCACUUUCAAACAUCCUACGAUACCAUUCCCGCCGUAUCAAAAUGAAGUCUCGCUUAUAUUUGACAGCGUGUUGUCGAAUAUCAAAAGCUGUCGAUGCUCGGGGGAUUGAUGAACGCUUACGUCGU